AUGCAUUGGAUUGGAUCGAGCCAGGAGCCCCUUAGCCAGCAGAUGAACGCGUACAGGAUUCUGGCCAUCUUCUUCUUCGUCAACGCGGCGCUCUUCGUCUCCUGGCACGGGUCGCAGUGGCUGCAGCAGGGCGGGGCGGCCAAGGCCUCACAGCUCCAGCGCUCUGGCGGCGCCGCUGGCGCUGGCUCACAGGAUAUCUUCAGCGAGGCCAUCCAGAAGGGGGCCGCGGCCCUGCGCGAGGGCGUCGACCGCGGGCUGCGGCGCGCUGGCAUCAGCGGAUACGUGCUCGAGCUGAGCGAGCUGCAGCUGGGCAACUUCCCCGGCGGCACCGGCGACCUCUCCCUGCGCCUGCGCGUAGGUCGCGACGAGCAGCGCACCAAGGCACGGGAACCAGCGUCCGGGAGUUUGUCCGCACGGUUUGGCGAGGUAUUUCACGUGGAGGCCAGCAAGGACUCUCAAGGC